AUGGCACCUCGACCUGACCCUCCAGCAACGGGACGUGUUUACUUCCUCGACAUCGGAAUCUCAACCUCUGAGCCCAAUGGACGUCUUUUGUCCUGCAAGCCCGAUGGCUCCGAUUUCCGCGAGCUGAUCACUCAACUCAACACCCUGCCCGACGGUAUCGCCAUUGACUCUGACCGCCAACACAUCUACUGGACAAACAUGGGAAUUCCGUCCGCCGAUGAUGGAUCCAUCCAGCGCUGCGAUUACUCAGGGAAUAACAUCGUCACCAUCAUCCCAAAGGGAUACACCCAUACCCCGAAGCAAUUGAUCAUUGCUCCACGAUCUCAGAAGCUGUACUGGUCUGAUCGCGAAGGCCGACGGGUCAUGCGAGCGAAUCUAGAUGGGAGUGAGAUCGAGGUACUUUACAGGGCCACUUCAAGUGAGGGCACAAACACACCCGCUGUUCUUGACUGGUGCGUGGGCAUUGCGGUUGACGAGGAGGCACAUUCGGUAUAUUGGACACAGAAAGGGCCAUCGAAGGGCAACCUUGGCCGGAUCUAUCGCAUGGGACUUGAGAUGAGACAGGGUGAAUCAGCGGAGUCGCGGACAGAUGUUGAAUGUCUCAUCGACGGUCUGCCUGAGCCCAUCGACCUGGAGUUAGACCACGCCACAAGGACAUUGUACUGGACGGAUCGUGGAGAUCCGCCUCGGGGAAACACGGUGAACUCAGUCGAUCUUUCCAGUGCGCCCGUGAAUAAGUUGGAACCGAAGAUUCUGGUGCGCAAGCUUCAUGAGGGAAUUGGAAUUGCUUUGGAUACCAAGAAUAAGCGUAUGUUUUUCGGGGACCUGGGUGGCUCAUUGUACAGUGCCAAUUUUGAUGGGACAUGCAAGUAUACCAUCGUGGCUGAUGUUGGGGGUGCAAUCACUGGUGUGGCGUAUGCUGGGUAA